UCCGGCGGCGCUCCGGGUGGCUCCCCGCCCCCUCUCCCAUCCGCCUCCUCAGGGCCGUCCGGGCGGGUCGGCGCAUGCGCGCCGAUGGCGGGCCCCGCGCUCCCCACGCCGCGGUACGAGCACGUGGGGCGGUUCGGGGAGGUGUACGCGCCGGCCGAGGACACCUUCCUGCUGCUCGACGCGCUGGAGCGCGACGCGGCGCGCUUGCGGGACGCCGGAAUUGACAUCUGCCUUGAAAUAGGGUCUGGAUCCGGUGUGGUUUCAACAUUUCUAGCUUCCAUUAUUGGAUCCAGUGCACUCUACAUAUGUACAGAUAUCAAUCCGAUGGCAGCUUACUGCACCCUGGAGACAGCUCUGCUCAACAAUGUUCACCUUCAGCCAGUCAUUACUGACUUGGUCAACGGAUUGUCACCAAGAUUAAAUGGGAAGGUUGAUCUACUGCUCUUUAAUCCUCCAUAUGUGGUAACACCCUCUGAAGAGGUGAAAAGCCAUGGAAUAGAGACAUCCUGGGCUGGUGGCAAAAGGGGCAGAGAAGUAAUGGAUCGAGUUUUUCCACUAGUGGCAGACUUGCUUUCACCAAGAGGAUUAUUCUACUUGGUCACAAUUAAAGAAAAUAAUCCAGAUGAAAUUCUGGAAACAAUGAAGAAACACGGCUUAGAAGGCACACGAGCGCUUUCCAGACAAGCAGGACAAGAGAUGCUUACCAUCCUCAAAUUUAGGAAACCUGGAUAACUGUUCUUACUACAUAUACCAGGCGUACAGGAAGUUGAAUACAGACCAUUGAAGCUGUCAAAUCAUUUCUCACACUCUUAAGGUGUAUCCUCACUUCCUGACUACUGCAGUGAAACUGAUCAAGACUGUUUUUAUUCUAGAGGUCAACCAGCUUUUACCUGCUGUCAGAGGUACAGCUGUCCUCUGGCUUUCCACAGGACAGUUGCAGGUGAACUGUGAAAUACCCUACCCCAUCACAUUUUCCACUUCACCACUUUUUCCCUCUGUAAAUAAGAAUUUGUAUAUUUGUCUUUGUUGCUUAUUAAAAGAAUGUACUUGA